AUGGCUGUUCUCAAAGAAGGUGUGGAUAUGGUUGGAAAUGGAGAAGAUAAGAGCAAUCGCAGAGAUGAAAGCGGGGAGACCUUCUCAGCGGGGAACGCGGGUUGUGCAAGGCGGGCGAAAGGCUUCUCUUCCUCCGGCGCGGUCGGCGGCACCAGCCCGCUGCGGUGUGCUGCUGCCGCCUGGGACAGGCUGAAGCUUCUCCCUGUGAAGAGACCGGUGAAGUUACGCUUUACCGGCAUUGCGCGAUCUUCGCAAAUUCUCCCGUCUGUUUCUGUAGCGAGUGUGAGCACGCCUGUUGCAGAACUGACCAAUGAGUGGAAUAAGAAUGAUGAUCGGCUGCUGCAGGCGGUGGAGAACGGUGAUCCUGAGAAAGUGGCUUCCUUGCUGGGUAAAAAGGGAGCCAGUGCUACCAAACAAGAUAGUGAGGGCAAAACUGCUUUUCACCUGGCAGCCACGAAGGGGCAUGCAGAGUGCCUCAGGAUCAUGGUGACACAUGGUGCAGAUGUGACAGCCCAAGAUGGUGCAGGGCACAGUGCUCUACAUCUUGCAGCGAAGAACAGCCACCCUGAUUGCAUUAAGAGGUUACUUCAGAGUAAAUGUCCAGCAGACAGCACUGACAAUUCUGGGAAAACAGCUUUACAUUAUGCAGCUUCGUGUGGUUGUCUUCAGGCAGUUCAGCUUCUCUGUGAACACAAAUGUCCAAUUAACAUCAAGGAUUUGGAUGGGAACAUACCUCUGCUGCUUGCAGUACGAAACGGUCACACAGAAGUCUGCAAAUACCUUCUGGAUCAUGGAGCAGACAUCAGCACCAGGGAUAAAAAUGGAAGAACUGCUUUGAUGAUGGCUUGCGAAACUGGUAGCCUUAACAUGGUGGAAGCCUUCCUUACAAAAGGUGCAGAUGUCAGUUUAGUAGAUGUCUUUGGACAGAAUGCCCUGCAUUACUCCAAGCUCUCCGAGAAUACAGGGAUCCAGAAUCUCCUGGUGUCAAAGUUAUCUCAGGAUGUGGAUACAAAGUCACCAACAAAAGCAAAGCAGCAUGAUCAAGGCUCUAAAUUAAGUUCAGAAAGAAGUGGAACUCCAAAAAAACGCAAAGCCCCACCUCCUCCUAUCAGUCCUAUUCAGCUUAGUGAUUUGUCCUCCCCGCACUCAUCAACUUCAACUCCCAUGACUGGAAAAGGACAGGCUUUCUUUGCUGAUCAGGUGUGCAAGGAAGAAUUUAGCUCCUUGCUUCGAGAUAAUAAAGACAGACUGAGUGACAGCACAACAGGUGCUGAUAGUUUAUUGGAUGUGAGUUCUGAAGCUGACCAGCAAGAUCUGCUUCUGUUGAUGCAAGCAAAAAUUGCUUCUUUGACAUUGCACAAUAAGGAGCUGCAGGACAAAUUACAGGAGAGAACACCUAAAGAAGUCGAUUCAACCAUAGAAUCUUACCAUUCAACCCAAACAGAGUUUGAGCAAACAACAGAUAGACAAAAUGAGUUCUUGGCUCAGGAGCUGAAGUCUCCAUUAAAUGCCACCCAAAUUCAAGAAAAGAUGACAAGCCCCAGUGAAGUAAAAAUUAAGUACCUCCAAGAAGACUUAAAGGAUAUGCAGAGGAAAUCAGAGAAUUCUGAAGCCAGAAGAAAGCAUGCAGAAUCUCAGGUCCAGUCUAGAGUCCCAGAAACAGAUCAUUUAAAUAGCACAGACAUUUCAGAAAAUGGUUCUGAUCUUAACCUGAAGUUCCAAGAAACUGAAAACAGGUGUGAAGAAGCUGUGAAAGAGGUUUUGAAUGUACAAAGGCAAAUGAAGCUGGGUCUUGUUUCCUCUGAAAGUGAAGAAACCGGUUCCGAUCUAAGCAGGCUGAAGGUUACAUGUGGAGAAGUUGAAACGCUUAAGCAAGAAUUGAAGAGAGCAUUGGAGGAAGGUGAAAGACAAAAAGAGAAAGUGAGAGAGCUACAGAAGAAGUUUGAAGAAAGAGAGCAGAAUGUGGCGAGCAAAUUGUCUGUUGAAGAGUGUGAGGAAAUGAAGAAUUCAUAUUGUUCCGUUAUUGAAAACAUUAAUCAAGAGAAAGCAUUGUUGAUUGAGAGGUACAAAGAAGGGCAAGAGGAAAUUAAAAGGCUACAGGAAAAGCUGAAAAAUCAGACACAGUUGGAGUGUAGUGCUGAAGCUGGAGAAACAAAAGAUGCGAUGCACAGAAUGGUAGAUGAGCUCAACAGACAACUCGGCGAAUUGUCUCUGUUGUACAAAGAAGCACAAACAGAGCUUGAAGACUACAGGAAGAGAAAAACUCUAGAUGAUAUAGCUUUGGACUACAUUCCUAGAGAUGAACAUGAGAAACUGAUGCAGGUAACAAAUUCUUUGAAAUACAAAGCAGAGAAUGAGUUAUCAGAAAUGAAAUCACAGUACACAAAAGUAUUAGAUGAAGCAGAAGAACUAAAGCAACUGUUAGACGCUCAGAAACAAAACUCUUUGCCAAUUACUGAACACCAUCAAGUGAUGAAUGCACUCAGAAAUACUGUAAAAGACAUGGAGGAAGAAAUAAAUGACCUCAAAGGGCUGCUCACCUGCAAGGAAAGCGAAGUAAGAAACUUACAGAAGGAACUACUGGAAGAAAAAGCUGCAAUUAAUGAAGCAAUGGUACCCAAGGCUACAUAUGAAAAGCUCCAGUCAUCGCUAGAGGGUGAAGUUAGUGUUUUGUCAUCCAAACUGAAGGAUGUAAUCCAAGAGAAGGAAAAUGUGUCCUUAGAUGCUAUGCAACUGAGAAAGGAAGUUUUGCACUUGAAAGAACAGAAAGAAGGUAUGCAUACUCUGCUUGAAGCAAAGGAACGGGAGGUGGCUGGUCUUCACCAAAAGUACCAUCAAGCUCAAGAAGAUCUUCUUGAAAUGAAAAAAUAUUCUGAAAGCUCAUCCAAACUAGAAGAGGAUAAAGAUAAAAAGAUCAAUGAAAUGUCGAAGGAAGUUAGCAAAUUAAAAGAAGCUUUGAACAGCCUUUCUCAGCUUUCCUACUCGACCAGCGCCCCCAAAAGACAAAGCCAGCAGCUGGAGGCGUUACAGCAACAAGUGAAGCAGUUGCAAAACCAACUGGCUGAAACAAAGAAACAACAUCAGGAAAUUGUCUCAGUUUACAGGAUGCAUCUUCUCUAUGCUGUGCAGGGUCAAAUGGAUGAAGAUGUCCAGAAAGUGCUUAAACAAAUUUUAUCGAUGUGUAAAAGCCAAUCACAGAAAAAGUAAACAGAAAAGCCAAGGAAAACUCCCCAUUUUUAUUAAUCCUGCUAUGGGUGUUUAUCUAGAUUUGCCUUAACAUAAGAUUUAAAAUUGGCAGUUUGCUGCUUUUGUGUUAUUGUGCUGUUUGUGAGGUGGAUUUGUUUGUCUGUCUCUUCCACUUCCCAUGUGCAUUUGCGUGUGCAUUAACUAAACACAUGCCUGCUUUUCAUAUCCAAAAUGCAAGUAUGUUCUUCAGAGUUUUUACUUAGGCCACUCCGUGUCAUGUUUACCCUGAAAGUACUUU